AGCCGAUCAAAUCAAAAACAUUUAUACAUACAAUUUUUGGUGUUGUAGAGAGAGAAUAUCAAAAGAGAAAGCAACUAAGUCCGUCCGAUAUGAAGAACAGCACUAAUUACAUGCCUCCGGUUCGCCAAUAUGCCACAAUUCCAAACGACAAAGGAGAAGGAGUUAGAGAGAAGGGAGUGUAUAGUACGACGUCGUUUAAUGCUGUAGAGAAGAAAGAAACGACAAGCAGUAGUCAUGGGAAUAAGCUAGAGAGUAAGGUGUCGAUGGAUAUCAAUGAAAGCGCCGAUGCGUUCAUCAAAAAGUUUAGGCAACAGCUCUUGAUUCAGAGGCUCGAUUCCAUUGAUAAUUACCAGCAAAUGCUUGCUAGAGGCCUCUAAACCUACACCCUAUAUAGCUAUACUAUAUUUAUAUUAUAUAUAUAUAUGAACAUUAUUAUUAUUAUUAUAAAUUAAUUAAUUGUUUUUGGUUGCUUAAUGCUUCUCCUCUUAAGGAGCUUUGAUGUAUAUUUUUUUAAGAGGGAUAUGAUAAUAUAAGCAUAUGUGUGUGAACAAUAAUUAACAUGUACAACCUUUUCAUAAUAAGAGCAAAUACAUGAAAUAUUAUAUUUUAUA